AUGGCGGACGCCAGGUGCGAUCUCAAGCACCACGGAGAACAGCCUGACUUGCUAACCAGGAUAAACGACCUAUUUAACGCCUUCUGGGGAAAAUUAGCACUUAGGGAGCAGCAGACUAAAAGACACAAACAGGAGGAACACUUACCAAAGACGCAGCCAACACAAUCCCUUCACGGGCGCGCACACCCUCGAACACAGAGGGCCCAACCAUGGCGCCGAAGACGGCAACGCCCCACAUGGGCAUACAAGCUCACAGGCCGAAACCCAAUGCUGGCUAAGUUCCAACACAAGGAAAAUCCGAACCCACCCAAAUCCAGAGAACCGCAGCAAAUCCAGAGAAGUGCAGCUACUUCUGCCCCUGUAUACAGGGCAAGCCCAGACUUGGAUGGCGCAAAGAACCUGCUUCGCAGUCCAGCGUGGGUCUCAGGACCACCCGAAUAG